CAUCGGGCCCUGUGGGUGCUGAAGGCGGCGGCGGCGGUUCCGUGCUCGCUCCGGCGGUUUUGGUCGGACCAUGGAGCCUCUGCCGCCUCCGGAUGCGCAGUUUCCUUCCGAAAAGAGCUUGUCCGUGCCACAGAAGAAAAUCCAUGUCCUGGUGGGAGUGACUGGCAGCGUGGCUGCCCUGAAACUGCCUCUUCUCGUCUCCCAGCUGCUGGAGAUCCCUGGGCUUGAGGUGAAGGUGAUCACUACUGAGAGAGCAAAGCAUUUCUACAACACCCAGGAGAUUCCUGUCACCCUCUACAGCGAUGAUGAUGAAUGGCAGCUGUGGAAAGGCCGAUCGGACCCAGUCCUGCACAUUGAGCUCCGGCGCUGGGCUCACCUCAUGCUGGUGGCCCCUCUCGACGCCAACACACUGGCCAAGCUGGCGAAUGGCAUCUGUGACAACCUGCUGACCUGUGUAAUCCGUGCUUGGGAUCUGAGCAAGCCGCUGCUUUUCUGCCCGGCUAUGAACACAGCCAUGUGGGAGCAUCCGCUCACAGCUCAGCACGUGGAGCAGCUCAAGGGCUUUGGCUACACCGAGGUCCCCUGCGUGGUGAAGAAGCUGGUGUGYGGAGAUGAAGGUCUAGGUGCCAUGGCCGAAGUGGAGACCAUUGUGGAGAGUGUGAGACGGAUCCUUGCGGAAUGCGUCCUGCCAAGGCAGAGCUGACCACUCAGCAUGUGGACUACAUUAAUUCCCCUCUGUGAUGAUCUGAAGGUGAAACCAGUGGGAAGCAGAGUGGUGAUGAUGUGUCCGUCAGCCAGGGGAGUGUGCUGGUUGUGCUCCAGCUGGUGCAGAACUGAAGUGCAAUGCAUCRUUGCAGAGUCUUCAAAACCAAAGCCGAGAGCAUGUGUCUUUAGUGUGGGAAAACUUUGGUGGUAUCUUACGGAGAGGGAGAAAUAUUCCACUAGUCAUCCCCAAGUACUUCAUGCACAGCCGCUUCCUAGGAGCACAACGACUUGCUGGCAUGUCCUGGAUCCAGCAGUUCCCCCAAGGAUGGUUAGAGAGGAGGUGAUGUCAAAAGUGCUGCUAAUGGGGAUAAUACCAAUCCCUUCCAGCACAUCAGUAUGGGGAUGGUGAUAGAUCAGUAGUCCUCAGAGCCUGGUCCAAUGAAGCUGUGUUGGCUUCAGCUUUCCAGCAGGAAUCACUAUCCAAAAAACGUCUUCUCUCUGGGAACUUAAUAAAAGAGAAAUUUUAAUUCUGCUGCUAAAGAAUUGCCUCUUGUAGCUGUUUGGAGGGGGUUGUGCUUAGCCGAUGCUGUGUUUUGAUCAGAUAUGGGAAAGAACAUGACUGAAAGAGGCUGUCUGGUUUCUGAAUUAGCCUUUGCCCUUUUGUAACUGUGGCCUGGAGGGGGUGCAGAUGUCAUCUGUGGGCCAAAAUGACACCUGGAUGCUUGUCAAGAAGCAAGCAGGCUGGGCACUGGUCAUAAGGGUGGAUGUUUGCAAGGCAGGGAAGGAAAACUUUUCCUCUUACUGUCCUUAUCAGCUUGAACAUUUACUGGCAUGGAAAAAAGAAAAGGAAAUCCCAUGCCUGUGGGCCAGACCUGCUUCUCCUUGGAGCCAUGAUCCUGCCCCAGGKGAGGAGGAGAGUGAGCUGGGAUUGUUGGGUACCUCAUCAUGGAUAAGCACUGCUGCCUAGAAAGUUUAUUUUUUAACCAGACCUAGUCAAAAGUAAGGAUUUCAGUACAGAAUGUGCAUCCUGCGUAUGGGGGACAACCUUCAAACUGCUGAGCACAAGGGAAGAGGUUAUCUGGGUAUGUUUGCUUCCCUUAUCUAUUCUGCAUAAAUAAAAGCCUCUGAACUUUCCCAUUUUUGGCUCUUUCA